AUGAAGUUUCUCUACUUUCUCCUGAUUGCUCUUAUCUGCGCCCUUGUACAUGCUCAAGAUGGUGAUAGCUUUGAAAUUGUUUUUUAUAAGCAACCUAAUUACAAGAAUGAAAACGGCGUCAUUGCUGGAUCCGUCUCUCCUGGUGGUAGUGCUGGAUCUCGUAGAGGAAACCUGACUGUUGCCUCUUUUAAGGCACCCACUUGGUUGCAAGUUACCUUGUUUGAAGACAUUGACUUUGGAGGCAAAUCUCAUGUCUACAAGGGCCCUCAAAAGAAGAUUUCUCCCCCUGUUACUCUUCGUAGCGUCAAAUGGAAACAUUUGUAA